AUGACAAAAUGGUUGUUAAUACUAAUUAUUAUUAUUAAUUGUGUAAAAUAUAUAGAUACAUUGAGAAUAAAAAGGAAUUUAAUACUAAUUCUUAAGAGGGGAAAGAAAAAAGGAAAAGUAUACUCAAGAUGUUUUAUAAAUAAUUUUUUACAGGCAGAAAAAAAAAAAAGAAAUUCUCAAUUUUUUCGAAUUUAUAGAGGAUUUGGAACAACAUGUUCAUAUGAAUGGAUAGAAUCAGAUGAUAAUUUAGAAAUAAAAAUUAGAUUAUCACCAAAUGUAAGUCCAGAUGACAUUCAAUAUAGAUUAAAAUGUGAUUACAUAUAUGUUAAAUUAAAAAAUAAACCCAAAAGCGCAAUUGAAGGAAGGCUAAAAGGUAAUGUAGAUGUAAAUCUCUCUACAUGGUUUUUGGAAAAAUUUGAUGAUUAUAGUGUAUUAAAUAUAUUUUUAAAAAAAAAGGAUAGAGGAAUAAAUGAGUGGGUAGGAGUUGUAGAAAAAGAAAAUAUCUUACAUGUGUCAUACGAAAAUUCACCAGAUACACAUAAACAUUCCAAUACAUCAUCACAAAAAAAACUAGACGCAAAUAUGUUAUUAUAUACACAAUAUUUUGAAAAUGCAAAACAAGAGGAUAUAUAUGAAUUCUUGCUUAAAUGGGCAAGUAAAAAGGCAAUAAAUCCAAAUGACUUCGGAAUUCCUACAACGAAAUUAAAAACAUCCGUUAUGCAUAAUGAACAUGGACUAGAAAUUAUUAUUAGUGGAUAUGAUUUAAAAUGGGAAGCAGAAGAUAGCUUAUUAUUAAAGUUGAGUUCUUUUGAAAAAGGAAUAGAAUUAAAUGUAUAUAGAGGAAAUAUAGCUAGUGGGAUUAAAGGGUUACAUGGUAAUAUGAUAAGUUAUCUUGUACAAGAUUGUGAAGAAAGAAUCUUAAAAAAACUCCAACAUGAUUUGAAAGGAGUAUUUUAUUUAAACCCUUUAUCUAAAAAAAUAGAAAAAUUGAUGCAUGAACAAUCUCCUCAAAGAAGUUAUAAUUAUAUUUUAAGUGAAGAUAAUAAAAAGCAUAUCUCCUUAAAUGAUGAAAAUACAAAUAUAUCAAAUGUAGAUGCAAACGAAACAAGCAAUUCUGAGAACAAAAAGGAUAAGGAAGAAAAUGAAAAUGAAAAAAAAAAAAAAGAAAUAAAAAUAAAUUCAGAAGAUGAAGAAAUAAUUAUAAAAGAAUUAAACUUAAAUUCUAAAGUCAAAUUAACAUGUGAUGACAAAAAUAAAGAGCCUGAAUUUAUGAAAGAAUGGUCAGAAGAAAAAAAAAUUGAAUUUAGAAGAAAUUCCGUUUUAGAAUUAAAAAAAAAUUUAGAAUUGUCUCAAGAAAAUAAACUCACUUUAAAAUUAAAAGAUUAUAUAGAUCAUAUGAAAUUAUCUUUUGAUUUAACAGAGGAAGAAUCUAAAUUAAUAUGGAAAAAAGGAAUACUAAAAUCAGAUGAACAAAAAAAUAGAGAAAAGUUUUAUAAAUUUACUGAAAUAGAAAAUUUAACUGAUAAAAUAAAUAUGUAUAAUAUGGAUGAAACAAAUGCAGAUGAAUUUUCUUACUCAUAUAUAAAAGAGGAAAAUAAUAAUUCGCACGAAAAAAAUUAUAACAAUAAAAUGGAGAAAUUAACUAAUAAGGAGGAUGAAGAAAAUUCUGAAGAAAAUGAUAGUAAUAGAGAGUUAACUACAAAUGAAGAAAAAAAGGAAGAUAAUUCUUAUAUAGAUUUAAGUCCAAAUGUUAAAAGCGAAAAUAUUAAUAAACGAUUUUUUAAUUGCCUGGAGGAUCAACUACUAAGUUCCAAUGAGGAAAAUAAAUUAACAUUAUAUGAUAUUUAUAUGAAAAGUAAUGACAAUGAAAAAAAACAAAUGAGAGAAAAAUGGAGAAUAAACGAAUUGAGGUUAAAUACCUUAAUAGAAGAAUUAAAAUAUUUAGAUAAUGAUAUAAUACCAACAGUAUGUAAUAAUUAUAGAGAAGUCUUGUUAAGUGAUGAAUAUCCAUGUUUAAUGAAAUUAAGACUUCAGGAAAAUCCUCCCAAAACAGUAGAAGAGAAAAAAAUUUUACGAAUAGUUAAUUCAUUUGUUAUAAGUUUGUAUGAUGAUAUAAAAAUAGUAAUGGAACAUGAAGAAAAAGAACACUUAAAAAAAAUACAACUUAUAUGUGAAAAAGCGAUUGAAGAUGAAAAAGGAUUAAAUGAUUUUAUUGAGUCAAUGAAGCCUUUACUAGAUUACUCGUUUCUAGGUUAUAUUAAACAUGCAAUCAAUGUGGAAAAAAAAAAUAUACAACUUCAAAAUAAAGACUUCAGGGAAAACCCAUCUGAUUGGUUAAUUAUUUUAAUGAUUAUACAAAAAGGAAUUUAUUCUAUUUUAGAAAAAGAUAUAUGGGAAGAUGUCAUACAUAUUUCUUCUAUUAUUUGCCACGAUCAUCCUGGUGUACGACAAACAAUUUUGAAGACAAUGGUUGCGUCUAUGCCAAAAGCUGAUUGGAUAUUUUUUAAAGAUAUUAUUAAAACAUUAUAUAAAAGUGUUCAGGAAAAAAAAUUAACAGCUAACCAUUUUCCAGAUUUUCCUCAUAUUCCAGAAGCUAUUUUUCAAUUAAAUUAUGACAUAGAGAAAAUAUUACCUGAUUGGUUCAUAAAAGAAAUGCUUGAUGAAUAUGACAAAAGUGUUAUUGAACAAAUGAAAUUAAAAAAGCCUUUAUUUUGGAAAAUGAAAGAAACAAAAUGGGACCAAAAAUUUGUACAGGAUUUUAAAAGAUUACAAAUUGAAAAAUAUAAGCAAUACGAAAAUAAAAAAGCAAAACAAUGA